AUUAACAUCGCGUUUAUGGUAAAAGUUCACGGAAGGCAGAGCAAGAGGCAAUCGUUAAGAAGGAGGUACAACAUUCAAAAGAAGAUCAGAGGUCACAAGAAGAAGCAAUCCAAGCUUGCCAGGAAGCUUAAGAAGUCUGGCGCCAUCAAGCCUAGAGCUAAAGAGCCAGGAAUUCCAAAUAUGUUCCCAUUCAAGAAAGAGAUGAUGGACGAAGCUGAGAUGAUGAAGCAAAGAGAAGCUGAACAAAAGAGAUUAGAAAAGCAAGAUAGAAAACAAAUGAGGAUGGACCAGCAAGAAGCCUACCAGAACAAAAAUGAUGGAGAAAAAGAUGACCUUGAGGAUUAUAUGGAGACAGUCAACAGCAAGAUCAUUAGGUAUACCCAAGAUGAUAAACUCAAAGGAAUGGAAGAGAAGAAGGAUCUUACUUUGAGCGAUUCAGCAUUGAAACAGUCUAAGAAAGUAAUCCUUAAAGAACUAAAGAGUGUUAUUGAGCAAGCAGAUGUUGUAAUUGAAAUUAUUGAUGCAAGAGACCCACAAGGAUGUAGAAAUCUAGAAAUUGAGAACAUGGUCUUGGAACAGAAUAAAAAGCUGAUCCUUAUGAUGACUAAAUCAGACCUUGUCCCCUACGAAAACUCCAAGGGAUGGCUUAAGGUACUCAGAAAAGAUCAUUCAGCAUUCUUGUUUGAGUCAAACAUUCUGAUUCAGAAGCGCAAUACUCCUAAAGGACCAUCUAAAAAGGACAAUUCUGAUAAAGAGGAGCCAAUUGAAAGACUUUUGAAUGCAACAAGAGCGAUUGGAGCUGAAGAAGUAGCAACAAUUCUCAAAACUUACUGAUGAGAUGAUUCCUCAGAUGAAGAGGAGGAAGAAUCUUUACUCACUGUCGCUGUUAUUGGUUAUCCAAAUGUAGGCAAGAAAUCAUUCAUCAACAGUCUUAAGUGAGUUAGAGUGCUUCUUAAGAAGCAUAAAUCGAAAUCUAAAGAAGGGAAUAAGGACAUUUAUCUAGACAGAAAGGUUCGUCUUCUGAAUACACCAGGAUUAGUUCUCUCUAAAGAUAACUCUGAGUCUUUAAUUCUUAGAAAUAUUGCCAGACUUGAUGAUAUUGAGGACCCAGUUGCUCCAGUCGAAGCUUUGAUAAUGAGGAUCAACAGGAAGGCAAUCUUGAGAGAAUACAGAAUCCCUAAUUUCAAUACUAUACAUCAAUUCUUGGCAGCAGUUGCGAAGAAGACAGGAAAAUUAUCUAGAGGAGGAGUCCCUGAUAAUAAAGAGACAGCUAAACUCAUUCUGAGAGACUGGAAUCACGGCAGAAUUCCAUACUUUACCCCAGUGCCAGCAAAGGAGAGCGAAGAGAAACCUAGAGAAGAAGAAAUGGAUUCAGACUCAGAUUCUGAGUAA